GUAUCAGACUCUCCCCCAGGUUGCGGGCCCAUAAGCAUGUCCACAGAUGACAGUAUCUCUGAGGAUGUGUCCAGCCUGGGGGCCCUGAGCCACUGCCAUGCCGAUGCCAACGGGGAAGGGGGUAAGGAGAGUGAGUCCUCAGAGGGCACCUCAGCAGCCUCUGGCCUGGGGCUGGGACUUGAACUUGGGUUGGGGCUGGCCAGGACAGAGGAACGCAACACCACCUCCAAGACUGCAGGGGGAACCGUAGAUGGGAGAGCUGAAGACAUCACACCAGCAUGCAGUCUCCCCAACAAGAUCAGGUGUGUGAAGACUGUGGACUCUGACUAGAGGUGUCAGUGUAGGAGGUUUCGAAAUAAGUGUGCUACAUUGAGUAAUCCAACCUAGUCCCUUUUCCUGACUCCUGUGUACUGUGUUCCCUAGGAGCCUGUGUCUGAGUACGGAGGAGGCCUUUGGGCCUGGCAAGAGCCUCCCCUUCAUCAACCCCUCCUCCCUGGAGACCCUCAGAGCCUUGGUCCAGGAGAUCCAGAGUAGUGGGGAGACUGACCCGGAGAUGUGGAAGGACUGUGAGGUAGGAAUGUGUCUGUGUUCUUGUGUAACUGCAAGGGUAGGAUGGACAACAGACAAAUCAAUAUAUAGGAUACUAUAUAUUUAGUGUGGAAGGGCUGCCAAGUAGUAAUACAGCCACUGAUAGAGAAAUGUCUGUGGCAGUUAGUAUGUCAGAGAAGUUUGUGUGAUUGUGUGUGUGUGUGUGUUCUCUGAACUACUCCCUGCGAAGGGUGAUGCUGGGGUUAGCUGGUGUGGUCAUUAUUCUCCUGCAGCACGUUGGGCAGCCGGCAGUCUCAUCCCUCCUCUGUCGCUUCUGCUGUCCCUGUGGAUCUCAGCUGACAGCACACACACACUUGGUCCCCAGACUGCACACAACACACAACUGCAGCUGAUCUCUUCAGACAGGACAUGAUUUGUGGGGAAUAGACAACGGUGAGGCUGGCAGCAGUGCCACCUCAUCUCACACAGAAGAAAACACACUGGAGAGAAUGUACUGUAUUCCCCAGCUUUAAAUACAGGGAUCUAAAUCAGGGCGAUAUGGACAAAAAUCCAUACCGUGAUAAAUUACCUGAACUGAUCCGAUAACAAUAAAUAGAACGAUAAGUUUAUAACAUUAAUGUGCACCACUUUUAUUUAUGUAUUACCCUUUAAACUACUACUACUAGUUUGAUUGUUGUAGCCAUCAAUUGUUCCAUUAACAAUCACCAAUAUUAGCACAUUUAUUUCAUUUCCAACUUCACAUUUCACUUGUAUAGGCUACUUGUCGUAAUGAUCGAUAUCAGCAAAAUGCCUGCAUCCCAGCUCUACAGGGAUCUUUCCCAAUUACCUUAAUAACCUCCUGCCCUCUUUUCUCAUUCAUCUUUCCUGAUCUGAAAACACAGGCUAGAUUACUUUUGAGAUGCAACCCAUACCCAAAUCUGUUACUGUGCCCAGAAAAGAUGAACAUUUAACCUAUAUAUGAAUAUGUGCAAACAGCUGAGUCUCAUAAAAAGGGAAUCGGUGAGUUUCUUAUGGGCUGUAAUAUCAGCUCCCUGGGUGCUUGGCAUAGUACAACUUCUUCACCUUUCUCACAUCAUAACUGGAGCACCUCCCCCCCCCCACACACACAGACCCCUGCUGCGAGCCUAACUCACAGCUGUGACACUUCUUCCCUCCAAUCAGAACAUUUUACUGUUUUCCAUAUUCACAUUCACACUGGAAAUGUGCCCAAAACUCGUAAGAGGAAAUCUUUUCAAAUGCUUUCUGGAUUUCACUGUACUAUACAGACCUUAUGUUGAAGAUGUGUAUGUGUCUUUGUUCAACAGGGCCGAUGGCUGCAUCUGUUCCAGCUAGUAGAGAAACAGUACCAAGAACAGAUCCUGGCUCAGCAAGAACAGUACCAGUGCCAAAUACAGGUCUGUAUUACUAUUUGAGUGUGUGUGACUAGUGCCAAAUACAGCUCUGAACUAUACUUCAAGAAUCCCUGAAAAUACAUGUUAUGAUGCCUGUUUACACUGUGAUUAUUUUCCUCCUCCAGCUGAUUCAGGAUGAGAUCAAAGCCUUGGUUCAGCUCCAGAACCGCCAGACCAGCACACAGAUGCACCACGAUUACCCAUAUACCCCUACUGCUACCACUAACACACAGACACAUCACAAUUACCCAUCUACUCUGUCUACUGUCACACAGACACACCCAGACUACACCUCUUCCGCUGUUGUUACUACCAACCACCCUUCACCCUCCACGGACCUUCCCAAUGGGAACUCGCCUCUCUCUGCUCCCCCCACCUCCCUCUCUGCCCCACAACCCGUUCUGAGCCUCACCUUCCCUCUACCCCCAUCCCCUCGGCCAGGGCCGGUCACCCCAAGAGAGAGGUGGGCUGAGGGGGCAGGGACGGUGCUGAGCAGUGGGUACGGGACCCUGUCAGCCUGGGGGUCAUGGCUGGAGGGGACAAAGACUCCGGGGGGAGUAGAGGAGAGAGGCCGGGGUAUAGAGGAGCCUGGCUGGUCCCUUCACCUCCAGGACUACACAGAGACCAUUCUGAUUGGCCAGGAGGGUCAGCAGAGGAGUGCCUCGGCCAAUGAGGUGGCUCCUAGAGACAAUCCUAGUACACCACCUGAGCAGCAGAGAACCUCCAGCCAACCGCUGACCACUUGGGCUCAAAGACAGAGACGCAGCAAACCCAAGAAGAGCAGGGUGGGGCAGGCCCAACCUCCCCUGGCCUCCCCCUCACCCCUCCAGGCCCCGUCCCCGGGCCAGAGCGGCCCUCAGACCUCUUCCUCCCAGGAGCAGCAGCCCUGCCCCAGGCAGAGCCCUAGAGACAGCCCCCUGGAGAACACUGACCUCCAGGACCAGGUACACCUAACACCAGACAACACACACCUGCCAGUUCCGUUUUAAUUUAUAGUAGCUGGAUAAAAUGAUGUAAAACUCUUUGGAUUACUAGACUCAGUAUAGUGCUCUGGCAUUUUGUUUCAUCACCUUGUAUUUUGUCUGUGUGUGUCACUGUGUUUGUCCGGCUUUAUAUGGGUCACAGUCAGUUGAAACAGGAUUCCUUGUGGGGAAGCAUUUUGAAAAGGAUAAGAGUAAAGACUGGAGUAAGCUUUGGGUCUCAUUCUCUCUCCUCUCCUCUGUUCAUGUCUCUUCGCUCUGCUUUCAGCAUGGGUCGGCUGCUACCUUCAAUAACUCCUUCCCUCUGAAGAGAAGUGACAGCCUCAUGUCCGAGGCCUCAGGUAACGACACACACACACAGACACAGGCCUCUUUGUAUUCGCUUUAAACAUUGGCCUACAUGCUGAGAGCUCUUGUCACCUUGUUGAAUAACACUGUUGCCUUUGCUUGAGCAGCAGUUCUGAAAUGCGGUCAAAGCAAUAAUGCUAAGUGCUUGUAGUAACGUAGUUAUAAAGCAGAAUAGUAUUUAGGUAUUUUAUCAGGAUCCCCAUUACAUUUUACAUUUACGUCAUUUAGCAGACGCUCUUAUCCAGAGCUUUUGCAAAAGUAGCAGUUACUCUUCCUAGGAUCCACACAAAACAUGAAACAUGACAUAAUACAGAAUAUUACUAGACAAGAACAGCUCAAGGACAGAACUACAUAAAACAUUUUAAAGGUUGUUAUAAUGUAGUAAUACGUGUCUGCUUCUUGUCCUUCAGGUCUGACGUACUGGCGCCUGGAUGAAAGUGAGCUCUACCGCCCCCUACCUGACAGCUUCGACAGUGGAGCCUACCUCCUGCUGCAGGAGGCAUCUAUCAGUCUGGUAGGUGAAGGACAAAAAGACAACCCAAACUUGUUCCAUCUAAAUACAGUGUUUGUUUUCAUUGUGCUGAAAAAGUUAGUCUCUUCAGCAUCUACAUUAGGGGAAUCCCACAAAUGUGCAGACCUCAAUCCCAAGUAAAUAAAAACAAAUUGGACCACCUCCCUCCAUUGUAUUAGUUUGUUGUGUGUCUCUCUCUGUGUCUCCCAGACCUCUCCAGAGGACCAGAAGCUGUCUCUCAGAGAGAUCUACCACAACAAGCAGAGAACUACUGAAUCUAAACAUUGGGACCGCUCUCUCACCUGCAGCCCCACGUCACCACAGGUAUACACAUACACACACCGGGGUUGGGCGGUAUCCAGAUUUUCAUACCGUUUCUGUACCAUACCAGGGUAUAAGGUAUUACCAUAAGUGCACACAAGGGGUGCUAUAAAAAAAGAAUCAAGCUAUCUAGUUACAGUGCCUUCGGAAAGUAUUCAGACCCCUUGACUUUUUCCACAUUUUGUUACAUUACAGCCUUAUUCUAAAAUGGAUGAAAUAAAACAAUUUCCUCAUCAAUCUACACAGAAUACCCCAUAAUGACAAAGCGAAAAUAGGUUUUUAGAUUGUUUUGCAAAUUUAUUAAAAACAAAAAACAGAAAUACCUUAUUUACAUAAGUAUUCAGACCCUUUGCUAUGAGACUCGAAAAAUGAGCUCAGGUGCACCCUGUUUCCAUUGAUCAUCCUUGAGCUGUUUCUACAACUUGAUUGGAGUCCACCUGUGGUAAAUGUAAUUUUAAAUGAUUUGGAAAGGCACACACCUGUCUAUAUCAGGUCCCACAGUUGACAGUGCAUGUCAGAGCAAAAACCAAGCCAUGAGGUCGAAGGAAUUGUCCGUAGAGCUCCGAGACAGGAUUGUGUCGAGGCACAGAUCUGGGGAAGGGUACCAAAACAUUUCUGCAGCAUUGAAGGUCCACAAGAACACAGUGGCCUCCAUCAUUCUUAAAUGGAAGAAGUUUGGAACCACCAAGACUCUUCCUAGAGCUGGUCGCCUGGCCAAACUGAACAAUCGGGGGUGAACAAGAACCAAAGGCUCAUUAUUGGGUAUUGUGUGUAGAUUGAGGACAUAUCUUUUCUUAAAAAUCCAUUUAGAAUAAGGCUGUAACAUAACAAAAUGUGGAAAAAGUAAAGGGGUCUGAAUACUUUCCAAAUGCACUGUACAUCUACAGUGGGGAGAACAAGUAUUUGAUACACUGCCGAUUUUGCAGGUUUUCCUACUUACAAAGCAUGUAGAGGUCUGUCAUUUUUAUCAUAGGUACACUUCAACUGUGAGAGACGGAAUCUAAAACAAAAAUCCAGAAAAUCACAUUGUAUUAUUAAGUAAGUAAUAAUUUGCAUUUUAUUGCAUGACAUAAGUAUUUGAUCACCUACCAACCAGUAAGAAUUCCAGCUCUCACAGACCUGUUAGUUUUUCUUUAAGAAGCCCUCCUGUUCUCCACUCAUUACCUGUAUUAACUGCACCUGUUUGAACUCGUUACCUGUAUAAAAGACACCUGUCCACACACUCAAUCAAACAGACUCCAACCUCUCCACAAUGGCCAAGACCAGAGAGCUGUGUAAGGACAUCAGGGAUAAAAUUGUAGACCUGCACAAGGCUGGGAUGGGCUACAGGACAAUAGGCAAGCAGCUUGGUGAGAAGGCAACAACUGUUGGCGCAAUUAUUAGAAAAUGGAAGAAGUUCAAGAUGACGGUCAAUCACCCUCGGUCUGGGGCUCCAUGCAAGAUCUCACCUCGUGGGGCAUCAAUGAUCAUGAGGAAGGUGAGGGAUCAGCCCAGAACUACACGGCAGGAACCGGUCAAUGACCUGACGAGAGCUGGGACCACAGUCUCAAAGAAAACCAUUAGUAACACACUACGCCGUCAUGGAUUAAAAUCCUGCAGCGCACGCAAGGUCCCCCUGCUCAAGCCAGCGCAUGUCCAGGCCCGUCUGAAGUUUGCCAAUGACCAUCUGGAUGAUCCAGAGGAGGAAUGAGAGAAGGUCAUGUGGUCUGAUGAGACAAAAAUAGAGCUUUUUGGUCUAAACUCCACUCGCCGUGUUUGGAGGAAGAAGAAGGAUGAGUACAACCCCAAGAACACCAUCCCAACCGUGAAGCAUGGCGGUGGAAACAUCAUUCUUUGGGGAUGCUUUUCUGCAAAGGGGACAGGACGACUGCACUGUAUUGAGGGGAGGAUGGAUGGGGCCAUGUAUCGCGAGAUCUUGGCCAACAACCUCCUUCCCUCAGUAAGAGCAUUGAAGAUGGGUCGUGGCUGGGUCUUCCAGCAUGACAACGACCUGAAAACACACAGCCAGGGCAACUAAGGAGUGGCUCCGUAAGAAGCAUCUCAAGGUCCUGGAGUGGCCUAGCCAGUCUCCAGACCUGAACCCAAUAGAACGUCUUUGGAGGGAGCUGAAAGUCCGUAUUGCCCAGCGACAGCCCCGAAACCUGAAGGAUCUGGAGAAGGUCUGUAUGGAGGAGUGGGCCAAAAUCCCUGCUGCAGUGUGUGCAAACCUGGUCAAGACCUACAGGAAACGUAUGAUCUCUGUAAUUGCAAACAAAGGUUUCUGUACCAAAUAUUAAGUUCUGCUUUUCUGAUGUAUCAAAUACUUAUGUCAUGCAAUAAAAUGCAAAUUAAUUACUUAAAAAUCAUACAAUGUGAUUUUCUGGAUUUUUGUUUUAGAUUCCGUCUCUCACAGUUGAAGUGUACCUAUGAUAAAAAUUACAGACCUCUACAUGCUUUGUAAGUAGGAAAACCUGCAAAAUCGGCAGUGUAUCAAAUACUUGUUCUCCCCACUGUAUAUACAGUACCAGUCAAAAGGUUGGACACACCUACUCAUUCCAGGGUUUUUCUUUAUUUUUUACUAUUUUCUACAUUGUAGAAUAAUAGUGAAGACAUCAAAGCUAUGAAAUAACACAUAUGGAAUCAUGUAAUAACCAAAAAACUAUUAAACAAAUCAAAAUAUAUUUGAGAUUCUUCAAAUAGCCACCCUUUGCCUUGAUGACAGCUUUGCACACUCUUGUCAUUCUCUCAACCAGCUGCAUGUGGUAGUCACCUGGAAUGCAUUUCAAUUAACAGGUGUGCCUUCUUAAAAGUUAAUUUGUGGGAUUUCUUUCCUCCUUAAUGCGUUUGAGCCAAUCAGUUGUGUUGUGACAAGGUAGGGGUGGUAUACAGAAGACAGCCCUAUUUGGUAAAAGACCAAGUCCAUAUUAUGGCAAGAACAGCUCAAAUAAGCAAAGAGAAACAACAGUCCAUCAUUACUUUAAGACAUGAAGGUCAUUCAAUCCGGAACAUUUCAUGAACUUUGAAAGUUUCUUCAAGUGCAGUCGCAAAACCAUCAAGCGCUAUGAUGAAACUGGCUCUCAUGAGGACCGCCACAGGAAUGGAAGACCCAGAGUUACCUCUGCUGCAGAGGAUAAGUUCAUUAGAGUUACCAGCCUCAGAAAUUGCAGCCCAAAUAAAUGCUUCACAGAGUUCAAGUAACAGACACAUCUCAACAUCAACUGUUCAGAGGGGACUGUGUGAGUCAGGCCUUCAUGGUCGAAUUGCUGCAAAGAAACCACUACUAAAGGACACCAAUAAGAAGAAGACUGGCUUGGGCCAAGAAACACGAGCAAUGGACAUUAGACCAGUGGAAAUUUGUCUUUUGGUCUGGAGUCCAAAUUGGAGAUUUUUGGUUCCAACCGCUGUGUCUUUGUAAGACGCGGUGUGGGUGAACGGAUGAUCUCCGCAUGUGUAGUUCCCACUGUAAAGCAUGGAGGAGGAGGUGUUAUAUGUGGGGUUGCUUUGCUGGUGACACUGUCUGUGAUUUAUUUAGAAUUCAAGGCACACUUAACCAGCAUGGCUACCACAGCAUUCUACAGCGAUACGCCAUCCCAUCUGGUUUGGGCUUAGUGGGACUAUCAUUUGAUUUUAAACAGGACAAUGACCCAACACACCUCCAGGCUGUGUAAGGGCGAUUUUACCAAGAAGGAGAGUGAUGGAGUGCUGCAUCAGAUGACCUGGCCUCCACACGCGUAAAAAGGAUGGGGUGGGGGGGCAGUGCAAAUAUUCCGGGUAGCCAUGAUUAGCUGUUCAGGAGUCUUAUGGCUUGGGGGUAGAAGCUGUUGAGAAGUAUUUUGGACCUAGACUUGGCACUCCGGUACCGCUUGCCGUGCGGUAGCAGAGAGAACAGUCUAUGACUAGGGUGGCUGGAGUCUUUGACAAUUUUGAGGGCCUUCCUCUGACACCGCCUGGUAUAGAGGUCCUGGAUGGCAGGGAGCUUUGCCCCAGUGAUGUACUGGGCCGUACGCACUACCCUCUGUAGUGCCUUGCGGUCAGAGGCCAAGCAGUUGCCAUACCAGGCGGUGAUGCAACCAGUCAGGAUGCUCUCGAUGGUGCAGCUGUAGAAUUUUUUGAGGAUCUGAGGACCCAUGCCAAAUCUUUUUAGUCUCCUGAGGGGGAAUAGGCUUUGUCGUGCCCUCUUCACGACUGUCUUGGUGUGUUUGGACCAUGAUAGUUCGUUGGUGAUGUGGACACCAAGGAACUUGAAGCUCUCAAUCCCCUGACCUCAACCCAAUUGAUAUGGUUUGGUAUGAGUUGGACCGCAGAGUGAAGGAAAAGCAGCCAACAAGUGCUCAGCAUAUGAGGGAACUACUUCAAGACUGUUGGAAAAGCAUUGCAGGUGAAGCUGGUUGAGAGAAUGCCAAGAGUUUGCAAAGCUGUCAUCAAGGCAAAGGGUGGCUAUUUGAAGAAUCUCAAAUAUAAAAUAUAUUUUGAUUUGUUUAACACUUUUUUGUUUACUACAUGAUUCCAUAUGUGUUAUUUAAUAGUUUGGAUGUCUUCACUAUUAUUCUACAAUGUAAAAAAUAGUAAAACAUUUUUUAAAUCCUGGAAUGAGUAGGUGUGUCCAAACCUUUGACUGGUAGUGUAUAUAUAUACUUGUUUUUUGUUGUUUCUCAAAACAAUUUGGGCAACAGGGAUCUUUAUCCAGGAGGGGAUUGAAUGUCUCUGCUGUACCCAAGAAGGUUGAUCUUGACAUCCAUCCACUAGCAAGUUAGCAAACUAAUUCAUAGCUGGAGCCCUGAACUGGAUGUAAUUUAUUUGACAGAUCUUCAAUUUCUUUUAGUUAUACUUAACUUAUAGUUAUAAACAGUGGCGUAGCACACGCCCUCACAGCCACCACGAGGCGGGGGUGUCCCCAACCCACAGUUUUGAAAAUCCUACUGUCGGUAUUUCAAAAUACCCCGGUAUAUGAUAUAAACGUGAUAUAGCCUAACACACACACACACACACACACACUUAACCCUUCUCUCUGCUCCUCUCUCUGUUCUAGGUGUUAACUCUAGAUCCCAGCAUUCAGCUCCGUCAAUCAGAUCGAACCUCCGGUUUCACCUCGCCCUCCCACUUCAGCAGCCCCUCUUACCCCACCCAGCCGCACCUCUACCCCCGCGUUGACACCUCCGUCAGCCCAGACAGCAUGGCCGAGGGCAGUGCCAACCCCGGGGACACAGACUGCACCUCCAACGCCUCCAGCCUCUCUGCGGUCGCACCUAACCUAUCCAGAGUGGCCUCUGCUCGGAUAAAACUGGCCCUGUCGUCCCCCUCAACCUCCAAGCCCAGCAGCCAGCAACGUAAGGCCUUAGCCACUCAGGCCAGCGAGGAGGAGGGGAGCCGCACACACACCAGCACCCUGAAGCAACUGUCUGGGAGGCAGACGCACUCACACACACUCUCCCAGGGCAGCCCUCGUAUGGAGAAAGCGGCGUCACUGGAAGACCCUGUGGUUGUCUCUCUGUGAGUGUCCAGAGGGCUGGUUAUGUUUUUAUAUUUUGGCUCACACGGGUGUCAUGCACCCAAAACAUAUGAGGGGCACAAAGUCCCUGAGGAUAGCUGGGGGGGUGGAGAAGUUGCAAUCAAGAGCCAUAACCAUGCUUAAUUUUAUGUAAAAAAAUAUGUUUAUUUUUCUGCAUAUCUAAGCAUACCUCUUGAGCUGUGUGUAUCCUCCUGACUGGUGGUUAUUUUUUUAAAGAAACUAAAUUGUGAACCUAUCUGGGCUAGCUAUAGCCAACUUCCAUAAAAUUGCUAUAUGGCUAGUAGUAUUACAGAGAAUCAACAAAUUAAACCCUUUAAAAAGAAACAAUUUUAUUCGGCAAAUCAGAGGGGGCACGUCGCCUCUGGGGCCACACUAAUAUUAUUCUAAAAUUGAUUAAAUAAAUAAAAAUUCUCAGCAAUCUACACACAAUACCCCAUAAUGACAAAUCAAAACAGGUUUUUAGAAAUGUUUGCAAAUUUCUAAAAAAUUAAAAACAGAAAUACCCUAUUUACAUAAGUAUUCAGACUCUUCACUAUGAGACUCAAUUGAGCUCAGGUGCAUCCUGUUUCCAUUGAUCAUCCUUGAGAUGUUUCUACAACUUGAUUGGAGUCCACCUGUGGUAAUUUCAAUUGAUUGGACAUGAUUUGGAAUGGCACACACCUGUCUAUAUAAGGUUGACUGCAUGUCAGAGCAAAAACCAAGCCAUGAGGUCGAAGGAUCUGGGGAAGGGCACCAAAAAAUUUCUGCAGCAUUGAAGGUCCCCAAGAAUACAGUGGCCUCCAUCAUUCUUAAAUGGAAGAAGUUUGUAACCACCAAGACUCUUCCUAGAGCUGGCCACCUGGCCAAACUGAGCAAUCGGGGGAGAAGGGCCUUGGUCAGGGAGGUGACCAAGAACCCAAUGGUCACUCUGACAGAGCUCUAGAGUUCCUCUGUGGAGAUGGGAGAACAUUCCAGAAGGACAACCAUCUCUGCAGCACUCCACCAAUCAAGCCUUUAUGGUAGAGUGGCCAGAUGGAAUUAACUCCUCAGUAAAAGGCAUAUGACAGCCCGCUUGGAGUUUGCCAAAAGGCACUUAAAGACUCAGACCAUGAGAAAUAAGAUUCUCUGGUCUAACGAAACCAAGAUUGGACUCUUUGGCCUGAAUGCCAAGCGUCACGUCUGGAGGAAACCUGGCACCAUUUCUACGGUGAAGCAUGGUGGUGGCAGCAUCAUGCUGUGGGGAUGUUUUUCAGCGGCAGGGACUGGGAGACUAGUCAGGAUCGAGGCAAAGAUUAAUGGAGCAAAGUGCAGUCGUGGUCAAAAGUUUUGAUAAUGACACACAAAUACAAAACUUAUUUUCACAAAGUCUGCUGCUCAUGUUAAUUAUGGCUAAUUUUGCAUAUACUCCGAGAAUGUUAUGAAGAGUGAUCAGAUGAAUUCCAAUUAAUUGCAUAGUCCCCUCUUUUUGCCAUGAAAAAUUGAACUUAAUUCCCCAAAAACAUUUCCCUGCAAUUUCAAGCCCUUCCACAAAAGGACCAGCUGACAUCAUGCAUUCAGUGAUUGUCUCGUUAACCACUUUGAGAGUGUUGAGAAGGACAAGCUGGAGAUCACUCUGUCCAUGCUGAUUGAGUUAGAAUAACAGACGGGAAGCUUUAAAAGGAGGGUGGUGCUUGCAAAUCAUUGUUCUUCCUUCUGUUUAAGAGGCGGGUGGACCAACAAAACACCACAAAUUCUGACAAACUCCAAGCAUUGAUUAUACAAGAAUGGGUUGUCAUCAGUCAGGAUGUGGCCCAGAAGUUAAUUGACAGCAUGCCAGGGCGGAUUGCAGAGGUCUUGAAAAAGAAGGGUCAACACUGCAAAUAUUGACUCUUUGCAUAAACUUAAUGUAAUUGUCAAUAAAAGCCUUUGACACUUAUGGAAUGCUUGUAAUUAUACUUCAGUAUACCAUAUUAACAUCUGACAAACAUAUCUGAAAACACUGAAGCAGCAAACUUUGUGAAGACCAAUACUUGUGUCAUUCUCAAAACUUUUGACCACGACUUUCCAGAGUUCCUUGAUGAAAACCUACUCCAGAGCGCUCAGGACCUCAGACUGGGGCAAAGGUUCACCUUACAACAGGACAACGACCCUAAGCACACAGCCAAUACAAUGCAGGAGUGGCUUCGGGACAAAUCUCUGAAUGUCCUUGAGUGGCCCAGCCAGAGCCUGGACUUGAACCCGAUCUAACAUCUCUGGAGAGACCUGAAAAUAGCUGUGCAACAACGCUCCCCAUCCAACCUGACAGAGAUUGAGAGGAUCUGCAGAGAAGAAUGUUAGAAUCUCCCCAAAUGCACAUGUGCCAAGCUUGUAGCGUAAUUCCCAAGAUGACUCGAUGCUGUAAUCGCUGCCAAAGGUGCUUCAACAAAGUACUGAUUAAAUGGUCUAAAUACUUAUGUAAAUGUGAUAUUUCCGUUUUUGCUUUGUCAUUAUGGGGUAUUGUGUGUAGGUUGAUGAGGGAAUAAAACCAUUUAAUCAAUUUUAGAAUGAGGCUAAAACAUAACAAAGUGGAAAAAGUCAAGGGGUCUGAAUACUUUCCGAAGGCGCUGUAUAUCAGAGGAACUAGUAGUAGAAUAACCCAUGUAAUUGAUACAUACUGAGUACUACUAAUCUCCUUUCUCCUCCUCCCAUUCACAUCUUCCUCCUCUUUUUCCCUUCUUUCUAUCCUCCCCUCUUUCUCCAGGCUGAGAGAGAAGCUGAGGGAGAAACACUCUCGUCAUGUAGCCGAUCUGAAGGCUUACUAUGAGGCAGAGAUCAAAGUCCUCCGGGACAAACUGGACCUGAGAGACCUGCCUCACGACCUGGAGCAGAGCAACAACACACUCAGACAGAGGUAGUGGUGGAGAGUGUGGGUGGGUGGGUGUGUUUGGGUGAAGGUUGGUGUGUGUGUGUGUGUGAUCUAAGUCGUGGUUGUUGUAUUACCAGGUGUGCUCAGCUAGAGCGAGCUCUGUCUGAAGCCAGCAGCCGUAUCCAGGAGCUGGAGAACAAGAACACCAUCCUGGAGAAACAACUGGUAGGAUACUGUUAUACCCUUAGGUGUGUGUGUGUGUGUGUGUGUGUGUGUGUGUGUGAGACAAGCUCUGCUGUCUCUUUCAGGCUGACUGGCCGGAGCGCUACGAUACAGCCUGCUCCACGGCAACGUCCCUGCAGCAGCGAUUGGACGAGAGCAGGCAGUCAGGCAGGGAGAAGGACUCCUCGGCCGGCCGCCUCAGGACCCGUGUCCGGCAGCUAGAGGAGGCCUUGGAGAACGCCUGCAGAGAAACACAAGAGAAGGAGGCCAGGAGGGAGAGGGAGUACAAGAUGCUGCAGGACGUGAGUUCUGACGUUAUACUAGACUAGCUAAGGAAACCAACCGAAGUCUCUGGUCUCUGACCCUCUGGGAAAGACUCCUUUCUGGGUGUUGUAGUUUGGGUAAUGUCCUGCAGAACAUCUGGAGAACUGUACCUCUACGUCUCCUACACCAGUCUUUUUUUUUAGCAACUCUUUUAGUACCUGCUGAUUGUGGAAGGGACCUGGUAAUAGGCUAUUUGGCUGUAGCUCAAGGGUUUAAUAGAUACACUCAGGUGUGUGUGUGUGGUCAUGAUGACUCGGGUUGUGUGUGUUUUUGUCUUCCUAGCUUCUGGGAGAGUAUGACUCUCUGAAGAAAGACCACGAGGGGGUUAAGGUAACUGAUCUAUUCUAUUCUAUUAGUAUAAUCUAUUCUCCUUUUCUGUGUUAUUCCACCUCAAGAAUAACAGAUGACACGUUGUACUGGGACUAAUAUUCUAAAGUUUUUUCUCUAUCAACAGGACAACCUGGUGUCUACAGAGAACAAGCUGUGUAAUGCUAAUGAGCAGAUUUCUGAACUAAAAAGGUAACAUCAAGCAUCCAACACCAAGACCGGAAAACCAACAUCUACAGGAUAGAUAUUCUAGAUGAAUCAUGAACAGACCUGGGUUCAAAAACAGGCGUAUUUUAAGUAUUUUGAAAUAAUGUGGCCGAAAUCAACUAGUUCUAUUGGAAGUAUUUGAAGGUAUUUUCAAAGAAUGUCCUGAAAAUAUAAGCGUCUGUGUAUUUCCAAAUACAUUCCAAUAUUCAACUACUUGUAUUUUCAAAGAAGAAAUAUCCAAAUACCUAACCUGUUAAGAGUUACCAGCAGGGGUUUUGAUAAUAGAAAAAUGCAGUGAGUCAGUGGUUCCUCCUCCAGAAGCAAUUGCUUUGGAGUUGUUAAAAUAAUGUUUUGAUAUUUCUAUAUGAUCACUCCAUAAAUAAUCUAGACCUACACGCUUUUCAAAAUGAUUUCACAUGUGGCCUAUUUUAUAUGAUAUGCCUAAAUACUUAUAACCACUAGGCUAAUAAAUAAACAUGUUUUUCUUUUGAUUAUUUAAUUACCUACAGAAACUAUUCGUACCCCUUGACUUAUUCCAUAUUUUGUUGUUACAGCCUGAAUUCAAAAAGUGUUUAAAUUUUUUUGCCCACCCAUCUACACACGAUACCCCAUAAUGACAAAGUGAAAACAUGUUUUUUGAAAUUUUAGCAAAUGUAUUGAAAAUGCACUGUCUUAAAAUUAUCCUAAAACCUACUCUGAGCAGGGAGUUUUUGUUGUUGUCUUAAAACAAGUUUUAACAUGAUUCCUAUGACCUUUUCUAAGAUGCUUUGUUGAUACGGGCACAGAGUGACAGAUUGAAGAAUCCCUUUUGACUGAGAGAAUAGUUAUUCUCUUCUCUUGUUAUGACCGUCUAUUUUGGCAAACAAAGAAUAGAUGUAUCGUGUGCCAGCUUUUCUUUAUCAGUGUGUUUUGUCCCAGCACCGGUGGAGAUACUGUAUUUGGCAUGUGUCUAUCACCCACACACUCUUCCCUGUAUCUGUCUGUGGCCCUCUCCUCCUCAGGGUGAUAUGUAAGCUGGAGAGCCAGGUGAAUCAGCUUGAGCAUGAGAACCAGGCCAGGAAUCGCCAGGCUGUCCACAACCACACACAGCCCUCUGGAGCCGGGUAACGGUCUCCUCUCCUCCACAUAUGCAUCCAUGUUGUGCUGAUAUUAGGUCCCAAAGCAGGUCUGACAGUAGCUGUUGUUACUGUUAACCCUCUCCUGUCUGUCUGACUGUAGCUGCUGUUACUGUUGUUAACCCUCUCCUGUCUGACUGUAGCUGCUGUUACUGUUGUUAGCCCUCUCCUGUCUGUAGCUGUUGUUACUGUUGUUAACCCUCUGCUGUCUGACUGUAGCUGCUGUUACUGUUGUUAACCCUCUGCUGACUGUAGCUGUUGUUACUGUUGUUAACCCUCUGCUGUCUGACUGUAGCUGCUGUUACUGUUGUUAAUCCUCUCCUGUCUGUCUGACUGUAGCUGUUGUUACUGUUGUUAACCCUCUCCUGUCUGACUGUAGCUGCUGUUACUGUUGUUAACCCUCUGCUGUCUGACUGUAGCUGCUGUUACUGUUGUUAACCCUCUGCUGUCUGACUGUAGCUGCUGUUACUGUUGUUAACCCUCUCCUGUCUGUCUGACUGUAGCUGUUGUUACUGUUGUUAACCCUCUCCUGUCUGACUGUAGCUGCUGUUACUGUUGUUAACCCUCUCCUGUCUGACUGUAGAUGUUGUUACUGUUGUUAACCCUCUCCUGUCUGUCGGUCUGUCUGACUGUUGCUGUUGUUACUGUUGUUAACCCUCUCCUGACUGUCAGACUGACUGUAGCUGCUGUUACUGUUGUUAACCCUCUGCUGUCUGACUGUAGCUGCUGUUCUGUUGUUAACCCUCUGCUGACUGUAGCUGUUGUUAUGUUUAACCCUCUGCUGUCUGACUGUAGCUGCUGUUACUGUUGUUAAUCCUCUCCUGUCUGUCGACUGUAGCUGCUGUUACUGUUGUUAACCCUCUCCAGUCUGUCUGACUGUAGCUGCUGUUACGUUGUAACCCUCUGCUGUCUGACUGUAGCUGCUGUUACUGUUGUUAACCCUCUCCUGUCUGUCUGACUGUAGCGUUGUUACUGUGUUAACCCUCUCCUGUCUGACUGUAGCUGCUGUUACUGUUCUAACCCUCUCCGUCGACUGUAGAUGUGUGUUACUGUUGUUAACCCUCUCCUGUCUGUCGGUCUGUCUGACUGUUGCUGUUGUUACUGUUGUUAACCCUCUCCUGACUGUCAGACUGACUGUAGCUGCUGUUACUGUUGUUAACCCUCUCCUAUCUGACUGUAGCUGUUGUUACUGUUGUUAACCAUCUCCUGUCUGUCUGACUGUAGCUGUUUUUUCUGUUAACCCUCUCCAGUCUGUCUGACUGUAGCUGCUGUUACUGUUAUUAACCCUCUCCUGUCUGACUGUAGCUGUUGUUACUGUUAUUCCCCUCCAGUCUGUACCACCAUCCGGACCUGCUGCUGUCGCCCAGCAAACACCCUUGGCAACCAGAAUCCUCCUAUAGAAUUUCUCCUUGCCCUCGAACUGACCAAUCACACAGCACUAGGAAGUCUCCCUGUCCUCAAGCCGACCAAUCGCAGAGUUACAGGAUGUCCCCUUGCCCUCAAACUGACCAAUCAGGCAGCUCGGGUCACUUUACAGACCACACUGGCAGCAGGAGGUAUGAUUGUGGUUGCAGUGUUAAUUUUGGAAUACCUCCUCUUAAUCCCCUUUCCCCCUUGAUUUAACCCUGAUAAAAAAUCUGACCAGUUUAACACUCACCCAUGUCCUGUUUUGUCCUGUAGGUGUUCAUCCCCUCCAGAGCGUGAACAGGACCAGGGUGAGGGUGUGAGGGAGGCUCGGGGGCCUCUGACCCCACUGAUGAGGGCCCUGAUAGAGCUGGAUGAGAGCAGGACCACUGAGGACCAGGCCCCCUGUAAGACCAGCCACAGUACCACUGACUCACUCUCACUGGCCUCCUGUAAGACACACUCCUCAUCCCACAGCAGGCCCUCCACUCACUUACUAACUCAUUCUCUUCACUCCGUCCUCAGCACUGGGCUAGAACAGUGUAGCAUAACUCAGUCAUUGGCACCAGUCACACAGUUUCUGCUAACUUUAGCUUUUACCAUGGAGGUUGUAUUUCCCCUAGCCUCAGCCUUUUGGAUAUGUGUUUUUUAGUUAAUCUGAAACCAGCAUUUUAAGAUUUUCUGUUUCAUGAAAAUUGAGUGAUUUGCAAACUAACAUGAUCUUGGCAGUUCUAAGAAACUUUGCAGCUCUAAGCUGAAACAACGUUUUUGAUUCUCUAGUCUACUCUGAAGUCUUUUGCCUGUUCGUUCGUAUGUCUUUCAAUGAGGUUCACUCUGAAUGCAAGUGUUUUUCUCAAAUGUAUCGGUCAUUACGUUUGCUCAUGUUAGUCUGUUUUUGAGCUAUAUACUUUAACUUAUGUGGUGAUGAGAUGCAAGACAGAUUUCCCAAAAGGGACACAAUACAGAAUUAUUAUUAACUAGCUGUCUCUAUGUAUCUGUCUGUGUUGCAGGGUUGGGCAGCCGGAGGCCUAUUGUUGGCUUUAUAGAGAGAAACAACAGAGAACCACCAACACAGGACGGGGGCAGGGCUGUGGAGGACAGGGGCGGGACUGGACAUGAGAGUGGUGCUGCCGGAUCUGAAAGAGGCAUGGUCUGUCUGAAUAGAGGCAGGGAUGGACCGCCCCAGGGUGUGGCUUCUCCUGGAAGGGCUGUGUCUGGGACAUUCAGGGGUGUGUCUCUGCUAAGAGCCCAGAGAAGUCUGUCUCCAGAAGGCCACAGGUCCUCCUCUCUGCCCCCCCGCGCCCAGAGGGUCACCUUCCCCCCUACUACACCCAGUACGUCAUGUCAUUUAUUUUCUCUUCUCUCCUUUCACUGCUAUUUCCUAGUGUAGUUCAUUGUGUUGUGUUAUGGAACUAAUCUAGUGUUAUGUUGUUCUAGCUAAGAGAGAGACUCUGAUGAUGCCUCUGUCGGCUAAAUCCAGCCCCAAACGCUGUCCUACAGAGAACUACUCCACUGCCUUUGGCAAUCCACCACCACGACAACAGCAGCUACACAACAGGUACAGGUUUAGUACCCCUGGACUACAGGACCGGUCCUUAGCUGAAUCUAUGCACCCUUGAUUUGUUUUCCUACUGUUCAUUACAGGUGUGUCUUCUCCAGCUAUUGUCUCAUUUUCGAUUCCUGACGCAUUUUCCCUACAGUAUUUUAUAUGUUUUAGACUGAGUUCAGGUUUGUGAUUGUUUGUUUCAGGUUUGACGUGGCGUUAGACCAGAGACGCCACUCCUUCCACAACUCCAGCCCCAGGAAGAGACUGUUUUCAGAUGGUAACAUAAACAAUAUUGUUUUACAUUCCUGACACCUGGUUAGUGUGUUCAGUUGAAUAGUUCCCUAACAAUACUACCCUCUUUCUCUCUCCUCCAGCCACCCAGCGGUCAUCUGGUGGUUCAGUGGAGUCAUCGGGAAGUGUUGAGCCCCAGGAGGGUGUGUGUGGGCUGGGCUGGGAGGAGCAGGGGGCUGGGGUGUCAGGCUCAGACCUCCAGGACCCCGGGACAGACCUACAGACCAGGCUCCACUCCCUGGCCGACGCUGAGAGGCUGUUUGACGAACUCACUAUGGAGAAACAACAGGUGAGACAGACUUUUACAAGGCUCUUGUUAUUAGUUUAGACACUCACAAGACCAAGCACAAAAGGCAUUUUACCAUGCCUUUUACCCAUACCUAAACCCCUAGCCCUACCCUGAGACACCUGUAGAUCUGCAAAGAUUGGAUGGCCAUAAGCAAUGUAGUGGAAUUGGUCUAUCAGAGCAAUAUUACCAUAUAGCUCAUAUCCAUCCAAACCCUUUCAAAUCUACUGGAAGUUCCAAGGCACUGGGGCUAGGAGUUGAGUUUUAGUAACGUUGAUUCUAUUAUUGCACUGCACUGCUUCAAAUCAUAUUUUAUUGGUUGCAUACAUAUAUUUAGCAGAUGUUAUUGUGGGUGUAGUGAAAUGCUUGUGUUCCUAGCUCCAACAGUACAGUAAUAUCUAACAAUUCACAACAAUACAAACAAAUCUAAAAUUACAAGAAUGGAAUUAUGAAAUAUAUAAUAUUAGGAAGAGGACGUUUUCUACAUUGUAGAGUAAUAGUGAAGACAUCAAAACUAUGACAUAACACAUAUGGAAUCAUAUAAUAACCAAAAAAGUGUUAAACAAAUAAAAAUAUAUUUUAGAUGUUAGAUUCUUCAAAGUAACCACCCUUUGCCUUGAUGACAGCUUUGCACACUCUUGGCAUUCUCAACAGUCUUGAAGGAGUUCCCACAUAUACUGAGCACUUGUUGGCUGCUUUUCCUUCACUCUGCGGUCCGACUCAUCCCAAACCAUCUCAAUUGGGUUGAGGUCGGGUGAUUGUGGAGGCCAGGUCAUCUGAUGCAGCACUCCAUCACUCUCCUUCUUGAUCAAAUAGCCCUUACACAGCCUGGAGGUGGGUUGGGUCAUUGUCCUGUUGAAAAACAAAUGAUAGUCCCACUAAGGGCAAACCAGAUGGGAUGGCGUAUCGCUGCAGAAUGCUGUGAUAGCCAUGCUGGUUAAGUGUGCCUUGAAUUCUAAAUAAAUCACAGACAGUGUCACCAGCAAAGCACCAUCACACCUCCUCCUCCAUGCUUCACGGUGGGUACCACACAUGCGGAGAUCAUCCGUUCACCUACUCUGCGUCUCACAAAGACACGGCGGUUGGAACCAAAAAUCUCAACUUUGGACUCAUCAGACCAAAGGACAGAUUUCCAACGGUCUAAUGUCCAUUGCUCGUGUUUCGUGGCCCAAGCCAGUCUCUUCUUCUUAUUGGUGUCCUUUAGUAGUAGUCUCCUGAGUGGCGCAGUGGUCUAAGGCACUGGUCCUGGUUCGAAUCCAGGCUCUGUCGCAGCCGGCCGCGACCGGGAGACUCAUGGGCAGCGCACAAUUGGCCCAGCGUUGUCCAGGGUAGGGGAGGGAAUGGCCGGCAGGGAUGUAGCUCAGUUGAUAGAGCAUGGCGUUUGCAACGCCAGGGUUGUGGGUUCAAUUCCCCCGGGGAACCAGUAUGAAAAAUAUAUAUAUAUAUGUAUUCACUAACUGUAAGUCGCUCUGGAUAAGAGCGUCUGCUAAAUGACUAAAAUGUAAAUGUAAAAUGUUUCUUUGCAGCAAUUCGAUCAUGAAGGCCUGAUUCACACAGUCUCCUCUGGACAGUUGAUUUUGAGAUGUAUCUGUAACUUGAACUCUGUGAAGCAUUUAUUUGGGCUGCAAUCUGAGGUGCAGUUAACUCUAAUGAACUUAUCCUCUGCAGCAGAGGUAACUCUGGGUCUUCCUUUCCUGUGGUGCUCAUCAUGAGAGCCAGUUUCAUCAUAGCGCUUGAUGGUUUUUGCGACUGCACUUCAAGAAACGUUCAAAGUUCUUGAAAUCUUCCGGAUUGACUGACCUUAAUGUCUUAAAGUAAAGAUGGACUGUCAUUUAUUUUUGCUUAUUUGAGCUGUUCUUGCCAUAAUAUGGACUUGGUCUUUUACCAAAUAGGGCUGUCUUCUGUAUACCACCCCCUAUUUUGUCAAAACACAACUGAUUGGCUCAAACGCAUUAAGGAAAGAAAUCCCACAAAUUAACUUUUAAGAAGGCCACCUGUUAAUUGAAAUGCAUUCCAGGUGACUACCUCAUGAAGCUGGUUGAGAGAUUGCCAAUAGUGUGCAAAGCUGUCAUCAAGGCAAAGGGUGGCUAUUUUGAAGAAUCUCAAUUAUAAAAUAUAUUUUGAUUUGUUUAACACUUUUUUGGUUACUACAUGAUUCCAUAUGUGUUAUUUCAUAGUUUUGAUGUCUUUACUAUAAUUCUACAAUGUAGAAAAUAGUAAAAAUUAAGAAAAACCCUGGAAUGAGUAGGUGUGUCCAAACUUUUGACCGGUACUGUGUGUACAGACAUUUACAUUUUACAUUUACAUUUUAGUCAUUUAGCAGACGCUCUUAUCCAGAGCGACUUACAGUUAGUGAGUGCAUACAUUUUCAUACUGGCCCCCCGUGGGAAACGAACCCACAACCCUGGCGUUGCAAGCGCCAUGCUCUACCAACUGAGCUACAGACAGACAGACAGUUGAAGUCGGAAGUUUACAUACAUUAAGGUUGGAGUCAUUAAAACUCGUUUUUCAACCGCUCCACAAAUUUCUUGUUAACAAACUAUAGUUUUAGCAAGUCGGUUGGGACAUCUACUUUGUGCAUGACACAAGUAAUUUUUCCAACAAUUGUUUACAGACAGAUUAUUUCACUUAUAAUUCACUGUAUCACAAUUCCAGUGGGUCAGAAGUUUACAUACACUAAGUUGACUGUGCCUUUAAACAGCUUGGAAAAUUCCAGAAAAUGAUUUCAUGGCUUUAGAAGCUUCUGAUAGGCUAAUUGACAUAAUUUGAGUCAAUUGGAGGUGUACCUGUGGACGUAUUUCAAGGCCUACCUUCAAACCCAGUGCCUCUUUGCUUGACAUUAUGGGAAAAUCAAAAGAAAUCAGCCAAGACCUCAGAUAUUUUUUUGUUGUUGACAUCCACAAGUCUGGUUCAUCCUUGGGAGCAAUUUCCAAACGCCUCAAGGUACCACGUUCAUCUGUAAAAACAAUAGUACGCAAGUAUGAACACCAUGGGACCAUGCAGCCGUCAUACUGCUCAGGAAGGAGACGCUUUCUGUCUCCUAGAGAUGAACGUACUUUGGUGCGAAAAGUGCAAUUCAAUCCCAGAACAACAGCAAAGGACCUUGUGAAGAUGCUGGAGGAAACAUGUACACAUGUAUCUAUAUCCACAGUAAAACGAGUCCUAUAUCGACAUAACCUGAAAGGCCGCUCAGCAAGGAAGAAGCCACUGCUCCAAAACCGCGAUAAAAAAGCCAGACUACUGUUUGCAACUGCACAUGGGGACAAAGAUCGUACUUUUUGGAGAAAUGUCCUCUGAUCUGAUGAAACAAAAAUAGAACUGUUUGGCCAUAAUGACCAUCGUUAUGUUUGGAGGAAAAAGGGGGUUGCUUGCAAGCCGAAGAACACCAUCCCAACCGUGAAGCACGGGGGUGGCAGCAUCAUGCUGUGGGGGUGCUUUGUUGCAGGAGGGACUGGUGCACUUCACAAAAUAUACUGCUCCAAAAAAUAAAGGGAACACUUAAACAACACAAUGUAACUCCAAGUCAAUCACACUUCUGUGAAAUCAAACUGUCCACUUAGGAAGCAACACUGAUUGACAAUACAUUUCACAUGCUGUUGUGCAAAUGGAAUAGACAACAGGUGGAAAUUAUAGGCAAUUAGCAAGACACCCCCAAUAAAGGAAUGGUUCUGCAGGUGGUGACCACAGACCACUUCUCAGUUCCUAUGCUUCCUGGCUGAUGUUUUGGUCACUUUUGAAUGCUGGCUGUGCUUUCACUCUAGUGGUAGCAUGAGACGGAGUCUACAACCCACACAAGUGGCUCAGGUGGUGCAGCUCAUCCAGGAUGGCACAUCAAUGCGAGCUGUGGCAAGAAGGUUUGCUGUGUCUGUCAGCGUAGUGUCCAGAGCAUGGAGGCGCUACCAGGAGACAGGCCAGUACAUCAGGAGACGUGGAGGAGGCCUUAGGAGGGCAACAACCCAGCAGCAGGACCGCUACCUCCGCCUUUGUGCAAGGAGGAGCACUGCCAGAGCCCUGAAAAAUGACCUCCAGCAGGCCACAAAUGUGCAUGUGUCUGCUCAAAUGGUCAGAAACAGACUCAAUGAGGGUGGUAUGAGGGCCCAACGUCCACAGGUGGGGGUUGUGCUUACAGCCCAACACCGUGCAGGACGUUUGGCAUUUGCCAGAGAAUACCAAGAUUGGCAAAUUCGCCACUGGUGCCCUGUGCUCUUCACAGAUGAAAGCAGGUUCACCCUGAGCACAUGUGACAGACGUGACAGAGUCUGGAGACGCCGUGGAGAACGUUCUGCUGCCUGCAACAUCCUCCAGCAUGACCGGUUUGGCGGUGGGUCAGUCAUGGUGUGGGGUGGCAUUUCUUUAGGGGGCCGCACAGCCCUCCAUGUGCUCGCCAGAGGUAGCCUGACUGCCAUUAGGUACCGAGAUGAGAUCCUCAGACCCCUUGUGAGACCAUAUGCUGGUGCAGUUGGCCCUGGGUUCCUCCUAAUGCUAGACCUCAUGUGGCUGGAGUGUGUCAGCAGUUCCUGCAAGAGGAAGGCAUUGAUGCUAUGGACUGGCCCGCCCGUUCCCCAGACCUGAAUCCAAUUGAGCACAUCUGGGACAUCAUGUCUCGCUCCAUCCACCAACGCCACGUUACACCACAGACUGUCCAGGAGUUGGCGGAUGCUUUAGUCCAGGUCUGGGAGGAGAUCCCUCAGGAGACCAUCCGCCACCUCAUCAGGAGCAUGCCCAGGCGUUGUAGGGAGGUCAUACAGGCACGUGGAGGCCACACACACUACUGAGCCUCAUUUUGACUUGUUUUAAGGACAUUACAUCAAAGUUGGAUCAGCCUGUAGUGUGGUUUUCUACUUUAAUUUUGAGUGUGACUCCAAAUCCAGACCUCCAUUGGUUGAAAAAUUGGAUUUCCAUUGAUAAUUUUUGUGUGAUUUUGUUGUCAGCACAUUCAACUAUGUAAAGAAAAAAGUAUUUAAUAAGAUUAUUUCAUUCAUUCAGAUCUAGGAUGUGUUAUUUUAGUGUUCCCUUUAUUUUUUUGAGCAGUGUAGAUGGCAUCAUGAGGAAGGAAAAUGAUGUGGAUAUAUUGAAGCAACAUCUCAAGACAUCAGUCAGGAAGUUAAAGCUUGGUCGCAAAUGGGUCUUCCAAAUGGACAAUGACCCCAAGCAUACUUCCAAAGUUGUGGCAAAAUGGCUUAAGGACAACAAAGUCAAGGUAUCGGAGUGGCCAUCACAAAGCCCUGACCUCAAUCCUAUUGAAAUUUGUGGGCAGAACUGGAAAAGCGUGUGCGAGCAAGGAGGCCUACAAAUCUGACUCAGUCACACCAGCUCUGUCAGGAGGAAUGGGCCAAACUUAUUCACCCAACUUAUUGUGGGAAGCUUGUGGAAGGCUACCCGAAACGUUUGACCCAAGUUAAACAAUUUAAAGGCAAUGCUCCCAAAUACUAAUUGAGUGUAUGUAAACUUCUGACCCACUGGGAAUGUGAUUUAAAUAAAUAAAAGCUGAAAUAAAUCAUUCUCUCUACUAUUAUUCUGACAUUUCACAUUCUUAAGAUAAAGUGGUGAUCCUAACUGACCUAAGACAGGGAAUUUUUACUAGGAUUAAAUGUCAGUAAUUGUGAAAAACUGAGUUUAAAUGUAUUUGGCUAAGGUGUAUGUAAACUUCCGACUUCAACUGUACAUAGGGCAGCAGUCUGUAAGGUGAUUGGUAGAGUGACCGGGUGGUAGUCGGCUAGUGACAGUGACUAAGUUCAGGGCAGGGUACUAGAUGGAGGCCGGCUAGUGAUGGCUAUUUAACAGUCUGAUGGCCUUGAGAUACAGUGGGGAAAAAAAGUAUUUAGUCAGCCAACAAUUGUGCAAGUUCUCCCACUUAAAAAGAUGAGAGAGGCCUAUAAUUUUCAUCAUAGGUACACGUCAACUAUGACAGACAAAUUGAGAAAAAAAAUCCAGAAAAUCACAUUAUAGGAUUUUUUAUGAAUUUAUUUGCAAAUUAUGGUGGAAAAUAAGUAUUUGGUCACCUACAAACAAGCAAGAUUUCUGGCUCUCACAGACCUGUAACUUCUUCUUUAAGAGGCUCCUCUGUCCUCCACUCGUUACCUGUAUUAAUGGCACCUGUUUGAACUUGUUAUCAGUAUAAAAGACACCUGUCCACAACCUCAAACAGUCACACUCCAAACUCCACUAUGGCCAAGACCAAAGAGCUGUCAAAGGACACCAGAAACAAAAUUGUAGACCUGCACGAGCCUGGGAAGACUGAAUCUGCAAUAGGUAAGCAGCUUGGUUUGAAGAAAUCAACUGUGGGAGCAAUUAUUAGAAAAUGGAAGACAUACAAGACCACUGAUAAUCUCCCUCGAUCUGGGGCUCCACGCAAGAUCUCACCCCGUGGGGUCAAAAUGAUCACAAGAACGGUGAGCAAAAAUCCCAGAACCACACGGGGGGACCUAGUGAAUGACCUGCAGAGAGCUGGGACCAAAGUAACAAAGCCUACCAUCAGUAACACACUACGCCGCCAGGGACUCAAAUCCUGCAGUGAAAGACGUGUCCCCCUGCUUAAGCCAGUACAUGUCCAGGCCCGUCUGAAGUUUGCAAGAGUGCAUUUGGAUGAUCCAGAAGAGGAUUGGGAGAAUGUCAUAUGGUCAGAUGAAACCAAAAUAGAACUUUUUGGUAAAAACUCAACUCGUCGUGUUUGGAGGACAAAGAAUGCUGAAAUGCAUCCAAAAAACACCAUACCUACUGUGAAGCAUGAGGGUGGAAACAUCAUGCUUUGGGGCUGUUUUUCUGCAAAGGGACCAGGACGACUGAUCCGUGUAAAGGAAAGAAUGAAUGGGGCCAUGUAUCGUGAGAUUUUGAGUGAAAACCUCCUUCCAUCAGCAAGGGCAUUGGAGAUGAAACGUGGCUGGGUCUUUCAGCAUGACAAUGAUCCCAAACACACCGCCCGGGCAACGAAGGAGUGGCUUCGUAAGAAGCAUUUCAAGGUCCUGGAGUGGCCUAGCCAGUCUCCAGAUCUCAACCCCAUAGAAAAUCUUUGGAGGGAGUUGAAAGUCUGUGUUGCCCAGCGACAGCCCCAAAACAUCACUGCUCUAGAGGAGAUCUGCAUGCAGGAAUGGGCCAAAAUACCAGCAACAGUGUGUGAAAACCUUGUGAAGACUUACAGAAAACGUUUGACCUGUGUCAUUUCCAACAAAGGGUAUAUAACAAAGUAUUGAGAAACUUUUGUUAUUGACCAAAUACUUAUUUUCCACCAUAAUUUGCAAAUAAAUUCAUAAAAAAUCCUACAAUGUGAUUUUCUGGAUUUUUCUUCUCAUUUUGUCUGUCAUAGUUGACGUGUACCUAUGAUGAAAAUUACAGGCCUCUCUCAUCUUUUUAAGUGGGAGAACUUGCACAAUUGGUGGCUGACUAAAUACUUUUUUUCCCCACUGUAGAAGCUGUUUUUCAAUCUCUCGGUCUCAGCUUUGAUGCACCUGUACUGACCUCGCCUUCUAGAUGAUAGCCGGGUGAACAGGCCGUGGCUCGGGUGGUUGAUGUCCUUGAUGAUCUUUUUGGCUUUCCUGUGACAUCGUGUGCUGUAGAUGUCCUGGAGGGCAGGCAGUGUGCCCCCGGUGAUGCGUUGGGCAGACCUUACCACCCUCUGGAGAGCCCUGCGGUUGCGGGCGGUGCAGUUGCCGUACCAGGCGGUGAUACAGCCUGACAGGAUGCUCUCAAUGGUGCAUCUGUAAAAGUUUCUGAGGGUCUUAGGGGACAAGCCACAUUUCUUCAGACUCCUGAGGUUGAAGAGGCGCUGUUGCGCCUUCACCACGCUGUCUGUGUGGGUGGACCAUUUCAGAUUGUCAGGGAUGUGUACACCGAGGAACUUGAAGCUUUUCACCUUCUCCACUGCGGCCCUGUCAAUGUGGAUGGCCCAAGGCCCCGAGCUUAAUGAUGAGCUUGGACGGUACCAUGGUGUUGAAGGCUGAGCUGUAGUCGAUGAUGUAGUCAUAUUUUAUUGAUGGUGUAUAUCUAUCAACGACAGAGGCAGUCCUUUGACAUCACACCUCACUAAUCUCUAUUGGAUCUGUUAUACAGUAUUACCUGGCUUUAUGAUUUUACAACCACUCCUCUCUCAAUUACUUCUAUUUAUAGCUGGGUUCAUACAGUGGGGAAAAAAAGUAUUUAGUCAGCCACCAAUUGUGCAAGUUCUCCCACUUAAAAAGAUGAGAGAGGCCUGUAAUUGUCAUCAUCUGUACACGUCAACUAUGACAGACAAAAUGAGAUUUUUUUUCUCCAGAAAAUCACAUUGUAGGAUUUUUAAUGAAUUUAUUUGCAAAUUAUGGUGGAAAAUAAGUAUUUGGUCAAUAACAAAGGUUUCUCAAUACUUUGUUAUAUACCCUUUGUUGGCAAUGACACAGGUCAAACAUUUUCUGUAAGUCUUCACAAGGUUUUCAUACACUGUUGCUGGUAUUUUGGCCCAUUCCUCCAUGCAGAUCUCCUCUAGAGCAGUGAUGUUUUGGGGCUGUCGCUGGGCAACACGGACUUUCAACUCCCUCCAAAGAUUUUCUAUGGGGUUGAGAUCUGGAGACUGGCUAGGCCACUCCAGGACCUUGAAAUGCUUCUUACGAAGCCACUCCUUCGUUGCCCGGGCGGUGUGUUUGGGAUCAUUGUCAUGCUGAAAGACCCAGCCACGUUUCAUCUUCAAUGCCCUUGCUGAUGGAAGGAGGUUUUCACUCAAAAUCUCACGAUACAUGGCCCCAUUCAUUCUUUGCUUUACACAGAUCAGUCGUCCUGGUCCCUUUGCAGAAAAACAGCCCCAAAGCAUGAUGUUUCCACCCCCAUGCUUCACAGUAGGUAUGGUGUUCUUUGGAUGCAACUCAGCAUUCUUUGUCCUCCAAACACGACGAGUUGAGUUUUUACCAAAAAGUUCUAUUUUGGUUUCAUCUGACCAUAUGACAUUCUCCCAAUCCUCUUCUGGAUCAUCCAAAUGCACUCUAGCAAACUUCAGACGGGCCUGGACAUGUACUGGCUUAAGCAGGGGGACACGUCUGGCACUGCAGGAUUUGAGUCCCUGGCGGCGUGGUAAGCUUUGUUACUUUGGUCCCAGCUCUCUGCAGGUCAUUCACUAGGUCCCCCUGUGUGGUUCUGGGAUUUUUGCUCACCGUUCUUGUGAUCAUUUUGACCCCACGGGGUGAGAUCUUGCGUGGAGCCCCAGAUCGAGGGAGAUUAUCAGUGGUCUUGUAUGUCUUCCAUUUCCUAAUAAUUGCUCCCACAGUUGAUUUCUUCAAACCAAGCUGCUUACCUAUUGCAGAUUCAGUCUUCCCAUUCUGGUGCAGGUCUACAAUUUUGUUUCUGGUGUCCUUUGACAGCUCUUUGGUCUUGACCAUAGUGGAGUUUGGAGUGUGACUGUUUGAGGUUGUGGACAGGUGUCUUUUAUACUGAUAACAAGUUCAAACAGGUGCCAUUAAUACAGGUAACGAGUGGAGGACAGAGGAGCCUCUUAAAGAAGAAGUUACAGGUCUGUGAGAGCCAGAAAUCUUGCUUGUUUGUAGGUGACCAAAAACUUAUUUUCCACCAUAAUUUGCAAAUAAAUUCAUAAAAAAUCCUACAAUGUGAUUUUCAGGAUUUUUUUUUCUCAAUUUGUCUGUCAUAGUUGACGUGUACCUAUGAUGAAAAUUACAGGCCUCUCUCAUCUUUUUAAGUGGGUGAACUUGCACAAUUGGUGGCUGACUAAAUACUUUUUUUCCCCACUGUAUAUUCCCCCUCUUCUUUCCUGUCCUACUCUGUCCCGCUCUGCUCUGUCCUGUCCUCUCCUGCUCUGUUAUGACUGAAGGGUGCUAUCUUCUUUCUCCGCCCCUUUACCCUUCAAAAGCCUUAAAUAUACUCCCGCCUCUGCCUUGCGCAACACAUACACACACAACUCAGCGCCUGCUUGGUUAAUCUGAGUGCUGUGAAAUUGUUUGUGCGUUGGUUAGUUAAUAUAUUUAUUUAUUGUUGUUAUUAAUUAAUUAAUUCAUUUGGGUGUGUUUUGUGCAGAUUGAGUCAGCGUUGAGCCGGAUGCCUGGAUCUGGUGGGAGGGUGAGCCUGCAGACCAGGUUAGAUGAGGUAAGGUCACAGUCACAGUCACACCAAACCUGCAAGGCCUCAUUACAUAUUAGUGAAGCGCGAUUGGGUCUAAAUGUCAUCUUUUUGUUGUUAUGAACGUGUUUGUUUGAUAAAGUGGACUCUUGUGAGGUAAUUGAAUAGUAUUUUCAAUCGAACACAACGUAGAUGGGAUCUUUGUGUACAGUAUGUGUGAAUGUUUAUGCUAUUCCAGCUAAAUGACUGUUCCUCUACUCCCAGGUGGCCUUAGAGAACCGUCUAGAGAGUGUAAAUCGUGACCUGGGUUCCAUCCGCAUGGCCCUGAAGAGGUUCCACGUUCUACGCUCCUCUGCCAACAUAUAG